GGGCCGCGCUCCCAGGCGGCGGAGGAAGACGGCGAGCAGGUGAUGUGGCCGCCGGCGGGGGCAUUUGCCGGCGACACCGGAGCGCAGGCCGGAAGUGGGGCGGCCCCGAGCGGCGCCGCCGGGGCUCCGGGCUAGACGCGGCGACGGCCCCUGGGCUGGCGGGGGACGAUGAGGAGCGACGGCAGCGGCGCGGGGCCCGCUCGCGUGUCCGCGGCCCACGGCGCAGCCUGCCCUGCGGUCUGAGGUACUUCCACAGAGCUACAAUGGAAAAGUCCUGGAUGCUGUGGAGCUUUGUGGAAAGAUGGCUGGUAGCCUUGGCUUCUUGGUCUUGGGCGCUCUGCCGUAUUUCUCUUCUACCUUUGAUAGUAACUUUUCAUCUGUAUGGAGGCAUUAUCUUGCUUCUGUUAAUAUUCAUAUCUAUAGCAGGUAUUCUGUAUAAAUUCCAGGAUGUUUUGCUGUAUUUUCCAGAACAACCUUCCUCUUCAAGGCUUUAUGUUCCUAUGCCUACUGGAAUUCCACAUGAAAACAUUUUCAUCAGAACCAAAGAUGGAGUACGUCUAAAUCUUAUUUUGAUUAGGUACACUGGGGACAGCUCACCCUAUUCCCCAACUAUAAUUUAUUUUCAUGGCAAUGCAGGCAACAUAGGUCACAGGUUACCAAAUGCAUUGCUCAUGUUGGUUAACCUCAAAGUUAACCUUUUGCUUGUCGACUACCGAGGGUAUGGAAAAAGUGAAGGAGAAGCAAGCGAGGAAGGGCUCUACCUAGAUUCUGAAGCCGUGCUGGACUACGUGAUGACUAGACCUGACCUUGACAAAACAAAGAUCUUUCUUUUCGGCCGUUCCUUGGGUGGAGCGGUGGCUAUUCAUUUGGCUUCUGAGAACUCACACAGGAUUUCAGCCAUUCUGGUGGAGAACACGUUUUUAAGCAUACCACAUAUGGCCAGCACUUUGUUUUCAUUCUUCCCGAUGCGCUACCUUCCUUUAUGGUGCUAUAAAAACAAAUUCUUGUCCUACAGAAAAAUCUCUCAAUGCAGAAUGCCUUCCCUUUUCAUCUCUGGACUCUCCGACCAGUUAAUCCCACCAGUAAUGAUGAAGCAACUUUAUGAGCUCUCCCCAUCGCGGACUAAGAGACUGGCUGUUUUUCCAGAGGGGACACACAAUGACACAUGGCAGUGCCAAGGCUAUUUUACUGCACUGGAACAGUUCAUCAGAGAAGUCAUGAAGAGCCAUUCUCCUGAAGAAAUGGCCAAGACGUCAUCCAGUGUCACGAUCAUAUGAGGUUUCCCUUUUGGAUUAAGGCGUUGUGUUUUCAUUUGUGCAGGAUGAUGAAGAAUGUUUCCUUCCGGAAGUGUGUUAAUAUCUGUAAGAGUCUCAAGAGUGACAUUAAACUCUUCAAGGAUCUCAGUGUUCCUUUAUUAUGAUCCAAAUGGUUUUUGUUUCUAAUUUGAAGAACUGUAAUUCCUGAGAUAAAUUCAUACAUUUUAAUCAAAGCUUCCACUGUCAUUAUGUAUCCAUAUCUUUAUUAUGUCACUAUAAUAGAGAUGAUUCAAAAGUUUCUUGUUGCUGCAAUGGUGUAAUCUAAGUUAUACUUGGGUUCUGGCUCUUUGGAAGGAUAUAUGUAAGCAAGAAGCCUUCGGACGUUAAUCCUGUAGUUAAUAUUGGGACAAUCAUGAUAAACAAACUGAACUCUGUAACUGCAUUUUUCACCUUAAAAGUUAAAAUGAGAUGCAUGAUGGUAUUUUAUUCCUUGACUUAUGCAAUGCAACAUUUUUAGUGUAAAUAGCACUGAUUCUAUACCAGUGUAUAUGGUUACCUGGGUUAUAUCUAUUUUUAUGUAAAUUCUAUUUUGUCGUUGGCAAGACGUGAGCCCAAGAACUCUGUGCAGGUUGCCCUUGAGUUGAGCUCUGGUAGAUGCGGAGACCCAGCUUUUUCUUACCAAUAAAUGGGACCCUGUUUUCCGAU